UUAAUCUUUUUUAUUUCUUGUGUACCAAGUUUAUUCCCUUUUGUGAUUCUUCUUAGAUCCCUUUAUUCUUUUCAUUCCGGAUCUCUCUAAGCUUAUGAAAAAACAAAUCACCUUCCUCAUAUAAAUGCACUUGGUCCCCUCAUUUCUCUCAUUAGCCUUUGCAAAAUAAAGAAAAGUUCCCUACUUUCCCCUUAGGUCAAUCAUCACACAAAAGCUGGAAAACUCAAAGUCUCUUUUUCUAAUUUUUCUUUACAAAUUAGAAGAUGAUGAUCAACAACCACAACAAUUUCACAGAGAAAAUGGAGAGAUGUCAACAAUAUAUUGAUGCUUUAGAAGAAGAACGUAGAAAGAUUCAAGUUUUCUCUAGAGAACUUCCCCUUUGUCUUGAGCUAGUCACUCAAGCUAUUGAAACGUACAAGCAACAGUUAUCUGGGACAACAACUGAGUACAACCUUAAUGCACAAUCUGAUGAAUGUUCUGAUGAUGAGCACACAUCUAGUGAUGUUCCUGUUUUGGAAGAAUUUAUUCCAUUAAAAAGUACAUUUUCUCAUGAAGAUGAAGAAGAAGAAGAUGAUGAUGAUAAUGGAAGUGAAUCUCAUAAAUCAAAAAAUACUAGUAAUAAUUCCACUAUUUCUAAGGACAACAAGAAUAAAAAAUCUGAUUGGCUUAGAUCUGUUCAGCUCUGGAAUCAAACUUCAGAUCCCACUCAAAAUGAGGAAAUAACACCUAAAAAGGUGUCUAUUGUGGAGGUGAAGAAAAAUGGGAGUGGAGGAGCAUUUCAUCCAUUCAAGAAAGAUAAAAUUGCUGCCGCUGCCACGGAACCGCCAGUGUCUGGUGUUGUUACGGCGGCGGCAGCCAGUUCCACCGCCGAGAACGGCGGGGGAAGUAAGAAAGAAGAUAAAGAUGGACAAAGAAAACAAAGAAGGUGUUGGUCACCUGAAUUACAUAGAAGAUUUUUACAAGCCUUACAACAACUUGGUGGCUCACAUGUUGCUACACCAAAACAAAUUAGGGAGUUGAUGAAGGUGGAUGGACUCACUAAUGAUGAAGUUAAAAGUCAUUUACAGAAAUAUCGAUUACACACGAGAAGACCUAGCCCUUCAUCGAUUCACAACAACAGCCACCAACAGCCACCACAAUUCGUGGUCGUCGGAGGAAUAUGGGUUCCGCCACCAGAAUACUCCGCCAUGACCACCGCAGCACCGACCGCCUCGGGCGAAGCAUCGGGAGUUGCCAACUCAAAUGGAAUAUAUGCACCAAUUGCCAGCCUACCAAAGGGUCCCUUGCAUGAUCAUGCAUCAGGUGGAACCCUAAAACAAUUAAGGCAGCAAAAUAACGAGGCCUCGGGCUCGGAGGAGCGUGGCAGCCACAGCCACAGUGACGGUGGUGGCGUACAUUCUAAUUCUCCGGCAACUUCUUCAUCUACACAUACCACCACUGCUUCACCAGCUUACUAAAAAAAGUGUAGAAAUUUUUGUAAUAUAUUUUUGUUCCGUUUUUCUACUUUAAAGUAGAAAGUCAUAUUAUAGAGUUAAUUUUUCGGUCUUUUAAAAAACUUCUCGUAUUUAUUUGUUUUGUUUAGGUUAAUUCGUUUAAAAAAAAAAAAUCUUGUGAUAUCUUUUGAGGAUCUUUCAGACGCAUUUGACAGUGACAGUAAAGAUUGAAUAAUACGGUGGGUUCCCAUUGUUUUGGAU